AUGGACACGUCACGCGACUCGUCGAACCUGCUCGACACGCACAACCGCCUCAUCGCAGACGUCCUCUCGCGCUUCCGCAUGCUCACGAUGCUCGCGACGAUCCAGGCCGAAGGCGAGCGCAAGAACGCCGAGCCGCAGACCGUCGCCGUGACGGGCAUGUCGAUGCAGAUGGAGUUUGAAGGCCUGCACACCUCCAUCAAGGACCUUCUCGCCCUGAGCCGCCGCCUCAAGGAGCUCUGGCUCUUCGGCAAGCUGGGCCGCGGCGAGGGCGACGCGCGCAUCCAGGCCGACAAGCUCCAGGCCGACGUCGUGCGCUGCGCCGAGCUUCUCAACGCCAUCCAGGAGUCACGGUACGCCGGGCUCGCGAGCGCGGCGGGCGGCAAGUGGGCACCCAUGGGACGACCGGAGGCUGCGUCUGCUAAUGCCGAAGGCGCUGCCUCUGCUGCUGCUGCUGCCGCCGCCGCUGCUCCUCCUCCUGCUAACACUGUCGCGGCGCCAAAUGGGAACGGCAAUGGGGCCGGCUCUGCAUGA